AUGUCGGACGCGGACUUUGAGCAGAUCCGGAAGCUCCAGGCUGAGCGUAAUGCCGUUGCCGCCGCGAAGAAAGGUUCUCGGACCUUCGACCCCGCCAACCAACGCGCUGACACCUCUACCAAGGCCAAGCUGAGCGAAGCCUGGGACACGGAUCUCUACGAACGCGAGAAUGGCGCCGAUAAGUUUGCCGGUUACCACAGCUCUCUACCCGGCGCCGAUGGCGAUGACGAGGAGAUGGCCGAUGCCGACAGCUCGCGUCGCCUAGUCGGCCAGUACACUGCCACCCGCUCCCAGAUUGACGAGUUUGCGCGCGGCAAUGGCGUUGAGGAGGACGACGUCCUUGCUGGCCGCGGUGAGCGCAGCAACCGCAUCACCGACCGCGAGACCGACUAUCAGAAACGCCGCUUUGACCGCGGCUUGGACCCGACACGCGCCGAUCCCUUUGCUGCCAACCGGCAGGAAGGUGCAGCCCAGGAAGGCGAGACCUACCGCUCUAUCAUGGAGCGCCGUGAUAUUGAGCGGGAGGAGGAGCGCGUUCGCCAAGCUAUCGAGCAAAAGAUGAAGGAUGGGCCGGUAGGAGAGCACCAGCCAAUGCUGAAAGACUCUGCGGAUAAGGAGAAUGAAGGUGCAGCAUCCGCCGACGCCGCGGCCGGCCGCAAGCGCAAGAAGAGGUGGGACGUUGCCUCGGCCGAGACAACGGAGGAGGCCGCUCCUGCUCCAGCCGAGCCCAAGAAGAGAUCGCGCUGGGACCAAACGCCUUCUGUCCCAGCCAUCGGAGCCGAACCAGGGGCUGAGUCGAAGAAGAGGUCCAGGUGGGACCAGGCUCCGUCUGCCACGCCCAUCGGCAACGUUGGCCUAGCUACCCCGAUGCACCCUACCCAAGGGGCGGUGUUGCCCACCGCUUUUGGCACAGAUGCGUCGAGUCGAUACAUGCCCCUCAGCGACGAAGAGCUUGACGCGAUGCUUCCCGGCCCCGAGGAGGGUUACAAAGUUCUUGAGCCUCCGCCCGGCUAUGCACCAGUACGGGCUCCCGCACACAAGCUGGUCUCGGCACCAACACCGGCAACGGGGUUCAUGAUGCAGGAUCCCAGCAGCGGGCGCGUCACAGGUCAGCAGAUGCCCAAGGAGAUCCCCGGCGUCGGCGAUCUACAGUUCUUCAAGCCCGAAGACAUGACCUACUUUGGGAAACUGACGGACGGAUCAAACGAGGAUGAUCUCAGCGUCGACGAGCUCAAGGAGAGGAAGAUCAUGCGUCUUCUGUUGAAGGUCAAGAAUGGCACUCCUCCGAUGAGGAAGACUGCGCUCAGACAACUCACAGAUAACGCACGAAACUUUGGCGCCGGGCCGUUGUUCAACCAGAUCCUUCCCCUGCUCAUGGAGAAGACGCUCGAGGACCAGGAGCGUCAUCUUCUCGUCAAGGUCAUCGACCGCAUCCUCUACAAGCUGGACGACAUGGUCCGGCCAUACGUGCACAAGAUCCUAGUCGUUAUUGAGCCGCUGCUCAUCGACCAAGACUACUAUGCUCGGGUCGAGGGUCGUGAGAUUAUCUCCAACCUCGCCAAAGCGGCGGGUCUCGCGACCAUGAUUAGCGUCAUGCGUCCGGAUAUCGACCACACAGACGAAUACGUCAGGAACACCACCGCCCGAGCAUUCGCCGUCGUCGCCUCUGCUCUAGGUAUCCCCGCCCUCCUCCCCUUCCUCAGGGCCGUCUGUCGCAGCAAAAAGUCGUGGCAGGCACGCCAUACCGGUGUCAAGAUCGUGCAGCAAAUACCCAUCUUGAUGGGCUGCGCAGUUCUGCCCCACCUAAAACAGCUCGUCGACUGCAUCGGCCCCAACUUGAACGAUGAACAAACCAAGGUGCGGACCGUGACCAGUUUGGCCAUCGCUGCUCUGGCCGAGGCGUCGAACCCGUACGGUAUUGAGAGUUUCGACGACAUCCUCAACCCCCUAUGGACUGGUGCCCGGAAGCAGCGAGGCAAGGGUCUGGCGGGUUUCUUGAAGGCGGUUGGUUACAUCAUUCCCUUGAUGGACGAGGAUUACGCAAACUACUACACCAGCCAAAUCAUGGAGAUCCUCCUCCGCGAGUUCGCAUCUCCCGACGAAGAGAUGAAGAAGGUCGUGUUGAAGGUCGUCUCGCAGUGCGCCGCCACCGAUGGAGUCACGGCGGGUUACCUGAAGGAGCACGUCCUGGACGAGUUCUUCAAGAGCUUCUGGGUGCGGCGCAUGGCUCUCGACAAGCGCAACUACAGGCAAGUGGUCGAGACCACAGUUGACAUCGGCCAGAAGGUCGGCGUCAGCGAGAUCCUCGAAAGGGUCGUCGCCAACCUGAAGGACGAGAGCGAAGCAUACCGCAAGAUGACGGUCGAGACGGUCGAGAAAGUAGUGGCUUCUCUCGGCGCGGCUGACAUUGGUGAGCGCUUGGAGGAGCGGCUCAUCGACGGUAUCCUCCAUGCGUUCCAGGAGCAGAGCGUCGAGGAUAUCGUCAUGCUCAACGGCUUCGGCUCGGUGGUCAACGCCCUCGGCACACGCUGCAAGCCAUACCUCCCUCAAAUUGUCAGCACAAUCCUCUGGCGACUUAACAACAAAUCAGCUACCGUCCGCCAACAAGCAGCCGACCUCGUCUCACGCAUUGCUAUGGUCAUGAAGCAGUGUGGCGAGGAUGCCCUCAUGGGCAAGCUAGGCAUCGUCCUCUACGAGUAUCUCGGUGAAGAGUACCCAGAAGUGCUUGGUUCCAUCCUCGGCGCUCUCCGCUCUAUUGUCACCGUCGUCGGCAUCAGCCAGAUGCAGCCGCCCAUCAAAGACCUCCUCCCGCGCCUCACCCCUAUUCUCCGCAACCGCCACGAAAAAGUCCAGGAAAAUACUAUCGACCUGGUCGGGCGUAUCGCCGACCGCGGCCCAGAGAGCGUCAACGCGCGCGAGUGGAUGCGAAUCUGCUUCGAGCUGCUCGACAUGCUGAAGGCUCACAAGAAGGGCAUCCGCCGCGCGGCCAACAACACGUUCGGUUUCAUCGCCAAGGCCAUCGGCCCUCAGGAUGUGCUCGCCACCCUGCUCAACAACCUGCGCGUGCAGGAGCGCCAGUCCCGCGUCAACACUGCCGUCGCCAUCGGCAUCGUCGCCGAGACGUGCGCGCCCUUCACCGUCCUGCCCGCCCUGAUGAACGAGUACCGCGUGCCGGAGCUGAACGUGCAAAACGGCGUGCUCAAGUCGCUCUCCUUCCUGUUCGAGUACAUCGGCGAGAUGGCCAAGGACUACGUCUACGCCGUCACCCCCUUGCUCGAGGACGCGCUCAUCGACCGCGACCAGGUCCAUCGGCAGACGGCCGCCAGCGUGGUCAAGCACAUCGCCCUCGGCGUCGUCGGCCUCGGCUGCGAGGACGCCAUGGUCCACCUGCUCAACCUGCUCUACCCCAACCUGUUCGAGACCAGCCCCCACGUCAUCGACCGCAUCGUCGAGGCCAUCGAGGCCGUCCGCAUGGCCGUCGGCCCGGGCCUCGUGCUCAACUACGUCUGGGCCGGGCUCUUCCACCCGGCCAGGAAGGUCCGCACCCCCUACUGGCGCCUGUAUAAUGAUGCGUAUGUGUGGGGCGCCGAUGCUAUGGUGCCGUAUUAUCCGAACUUGGUCGAGGAGGGCAUUGAUCGCGGGGAGUUGGCGGUGGUUCUUUAA